AUAAAAUGAGUUAUAGUGCACGCUAGUAAGAACGUCCUUUUAAUUAGUCUGUGAUCAUGAUUAGAUACUAGUAGGCCUACAACUAGGAAAUAAGUUUAAACAUCUGUAAAAAAAAAUUACCAUUGAAUUAAGGAUUUACCGCGAACCAUAAUGGAUACUUUUAAAAUUGUUCUUUCCGCAAUAUUUUUAGUUGCUUUAGCAGCUUCGGAUAAACCAGAUAAGUUGCCGCCCAAUGCUGCCGCCGCCGGCAACAAAAACAACGGCAAUGGUCAAGGCAACGGACGAGGUGCGUGCAGAAGUCAAACUGUGCAGUUCUUCAACCUGGCACAGAGGACCGGGGCUUUGAGCACAGGAAGUUUUCGUGGGGCGGGUCUUCGAUACAGCCAGGACUUUAGAGAGCUAUGCACUGACGUCGCUCUCCGUGAGUACAGGACAGUAGACGGGAGCUGCAACCACCCCAAAAACUGGGGUGCGUCCUUCAAGCCUGUGUCCAGGAUGCUCAACUCAGAGUAUGAGGACGGCAUUGGCGCCCCUCGCGUGUCUGGUGUUGAUGGCACGCCCCUGCCCAGCCCUCGUCUGGUCAGUCGCCUUGUCCACCCUGACGUCACAGACCUGCUGAGUAAGACCCUCAUGGUCAUGCAGUGGGGUCAGUGGCUUGACCAUGACGUCACAGGUUUCCCAGUUGCAACUGAAAGUGACAGACUGAUUAGGUGCUGCGGUGCUAAUGGCACUAGAAUCUCCUCCCCUCUAGACAAGAACUGUUUUCCCAUCGUUCUGCCACCAGAAGAGGACAACUUUGUGGGCAGCUGUAUGGAGUUCAUCAGGUCUAUUCCAGCAGCCAGUGGGGACGGUUGUGAACUCAGCCCAAGAGAGCAAGUCAACUCCUUGACCUCCUUUGUUGACGCUUCACAAAUUUACGGAUCUACAGAGGAAGUGGCAGCGAAAGUCAGAGAUGGCAAAAGUUAUUUGCUGAAAACGAAAAACGGAGGGUUCUUACCGGAGAGUGAUGGUGGUUGUAUCACUAGACCAGGGACAGGGGACUACUGUUUUCUUGCAGGUGAUAUACGUGUGAACGAGCAUCCCGCCCUCGGCUCUCUCCACACCCUUUGGAUGCGGGAACACAACAGGAUAGCCAGAACAUUGGCCAGGCUCAGGCCAAGGGACAGCGAGGAGCAGAUCUUCCAACUGACCAGAAAAAUUAUCGGCGCUCUGCAGCAGGUCAUCACCUACAACGAAUGGCUUCCCAUCAUCCUCGGCAAACAGGCCGCCCAGCUCAAACUUCCCUCCAAGACCGGAAGGACCACCAGGAACAAUGGCGUCGAUCCCAGAAUCCUCAACGAGUUCUCCACAGCUGCAAUGAGAUUCGGACACUCUUUGAUUCCCACUGUGUUCCCCAUAGGGAACCGUCGGGUUCCUCUGAGAGAACUAUUCAAUAGACCAGCGGAAGUGCUUGAGAACCUGGAAGACGUGAUCGUUGGAAUCGUUGGCAUGGGAACCCCUGGUCUCAGGAAUGCGCAGAAGAUUGACAGAAACUUUGUUGGUGAAAUCACAAACCACCUGUUCGAGCCCCUGAGUGGACCCCCGGGCAGGGGACUUGACCUGAUCUCUUUGAACAUCCAGCGUGCACGUGACCACGGUAUACCACCGUAUACGGCCUACAGGGCUCUGUGUGGGCUCCGACCCCUGACUGGGUUCAACGACGUGGAGGCUCUCGGCCCUAACGUGGCUCAGUUGGCUCGGGUUUAUAAAUCUGUGGAUGACAUUGACCUCUUUACGGGGCUGGUACAUGAACCCGUGGAGGAAGGAACAAACGCGAUUGUCGGCCCCACCUUGAGCUGCAUCCUGGGAACCCAGUUCUACAACCUCAAAUAUGGCGACCGUUUCUUCUUUGACACCGACGAGACGGCGAUAGCCUUCACAAAUGAUCAACUGAAAUCUCUACGAAACACAUCAUUAGCCCACAUCAUAUGUGCCAAUACCAACAUCCCCUUCAUUCAACCCGACGUCUUCAAGUUCCCAACACAAAAAGCUAAUGCACCUGUGGAAUGCAAAACUCUGGUCUCAGAAGGGUUAAAUCUCGCCUUGUUCGCAUAAUACCUCGACCAUAGAAAGUCCUUUAACAUUGGCAUCAAAAGAGUUAUUAAAUUCGCAGUUCGCAUAAUACGUCGACAUGAAGUGUUUUGCUAUAUUUAGUAUUUAGAUGUUGUACUUAUCUAUUUUAUUGUAUGUGUCAUGGACCCAUUUGGAUGCUACUACAUUUCUACUUGUUACCUUUUACUUGCGCGUAAUGUUUCAUUUAUACAAUGUUACUUCUUGACUAAUUAAAAACAGUUACAAUA